GGAGGCGGCGGGCGCAGGGAUCAGCCUCGUCGCCCUCGGCCUUGGCCUUGUUCCCCUUGGCCCGGCGUGACCCUCGCGCUGCUCCUGUCGCGAUAUUGUCACGAGAACGCAGUGGGAUCCAUCCGGCUGCAGCAGGCAUGAGGAUAAACAGGGGCUGGACAGCAGCCAGGGGGAGGCUGGGUUGCAAAAACAGAGUCGAGAGUUCAGCUUGAAACUGAGAGUUUCCUCUUUGUGUGUUUUCCGCUCUGGAUUUCCCCCUGCGCCGGUUGCCACCACAGGGAGGCUGAGCGCUGAGGGACCAGGCUCCGUGGAAAAGCCUGAGCUCCCAUGGAAAAGCCUGAGCUCCUAUGGAAAAGCUGAGCAUUGCCAGCAGCCCUGCACUCCAGUUAAGCGUCUCUCUCUCAGCAGGUGCUGAGCCAGGAUGGGCUUUGCUGAAGAGAAAGUGUACGACUACAUUAUGAGAAACCUCAGGAAUUUCAGGAACAUCCGUGUGGCGACGCUGGCUGAUUCCCUGAGCUGCCUCACUGAUGCUGACAGAGAUGAGCUCCAUGCCCGGGAGGAAGCACGAGGCAGCCAGGCCACUGUCUACAAGUUCUAUCAGUACCUGAAGUGCCGGCAGGGCUGGGUGAGGGACCUCAUCGAGGCGCUGCGCCAGAACAACGCCGGGGACCUGGCAGAUGAGCUGCAGCACGUGUAUGACUCCUGGCAACCCUGUCCCCCAGCUCCCCCAGCUGCCUCCUCCCCUCCUGCAGCCAGCAAUGCCCGUCCCACUGUCACCUCCACCGCGGUCCAGACACUGUCCCCAGCUCCCGACCCUGCUCCGGGUGUCCCUUUGGCUGAGCAGCCACACCAAGACCUGCCCGGUGCUGCCACCACCACAAGCACGGACCUGGAUGCCAGGAUACCAUUGCAGGAAUCACUCCCCAAAAUCCUGCAGCAAGAGACGCCCCAGCUGCCCCUGCCUAGGAGCACAACCCAUGAUGGAGUGAGCACUGGGCACAGCGCUGAGGGGUAUCACUGUCACCCCACUGAGGACAUGCAGGCACCAGUGGGGACCCCUGGGACAGGCACCAUGUCUGUGCCUUCAGCUGUGCCCAGCGAGUGUGGCCGGGACUGGCUGAGCCGCCCACAGCACCCGGUGUGUGUGGACAACGGAUGCUUUGGAAAUGCCAACCACCUCCAUCGUGGUAUACCAGGCUUGGGCCUGGGCAGGUCUCAUCCAUCACGGGAUGCAGAGGCUGCUCACAGCCCCCGGCAGCCCAGGAAUGAGCCCCAGGAGGACUCAUACGUCUCCAUUGAGUCACCCCCGAAACUGGAGGAGGCCACUCGCAGCGGGGAGAUGCAGCCCCUGAAGUCGCUGCCCCAAAACCAGGCUGUGUCUGUCCCAGAGCAUGGUGAGCACCUGGGAAGCUUUGUGGAUGUGCACAGCCCCCUCCUGGUACAGCAGCAGUUUGAUGCAGAGCAGAAGCUGGUCAGGAUGCUGGGAGAGCACGGAGGAGAUGGAGCAAACACUUGGACGCACUGUAUGCCCAGAGACACUUCCCCAUCCUGUGACAGCUCUGUGAAGCCUGGACAAGAGAAUAAAAUGCCCAUGGGGGUGACAGCCACCAGCACCCCUUCCAUGCCACUGAAGGAGCACGUGCUCCCGGCCUCUGCGGACCAUCUCCUGGACACAGCUGCUGCAGGAAGCAUAUCUGGGAGGGCAUCCCACCGGGUGAGCUCUGCCACCACCAUCUGGACAUCCUGCAGCAAUGUGGAGGGGGACGUGGAGCCCAGCAAGCUGGGUGUCCUCCUCUCCAUGGCUGGGGACAGCCCAGAAGCAAGUGGCAGAUGCCUCAGUGGCCCCUGUUCCAGUGUGUCCAGCAGCCUCACCUUCAGGAGUGACCCUCUCUUGAUAAGCACAGGGAGCUCCAGCUCAGGAGAAGCACUGCCCAGAGUCUCAUUAGGAUGCCCAGCACCAGAACCUGGGGAAGAGGCAUCAGCUGGAGCAAGCAGAGACUCUCAUCCACUUCCAAGCUGGAGCAGCACCCAUGAGGUCUACGUGGAGCAUCACCCCAGCGUCCAGCUUGCGGCUGGCAACGACUUCCAAGACAGAGCCAAUCCCACUGGAAACUUAGGUUUUAACUCUGUGACCAGGUUGUCUCAGGGCAGUGACCUCUCAAGUGACAGCAACUGGCCAUCCCGGUCAUACCUCAUCCCAACUGUGGGCAUCGCUGCGAUUUCAGUGCUGGCAUUCCUGGUGUGCACUCGAUGGCAGAAGUGAGGGUCACUCAGCAGGUCCUCUUCACGGCAGGGAUUUGGCCAACACAUCUGAAGCCUAAGGAGCAGCAGCGGGGAUGGUAGGGAUGUUGUUAAAUCUAUUUCUGGAAGGUUCUGCUGGAAGAGGCCUUCAUUGGAUGAUGCUGUUGGGUUCUGGUCUGUUCCUCCUGUUUCCCAACCAUAUUCUCAUCUGUAGCCUUCUCCUUUUACACCCGUAGGGAGGGUCUUGCUCAGGGAGUGAUCCCUUAAGUGAAAAAUGAAAGGCCUCAUGGUGAUGCUCCACAUCUUCCUUGUUUGGUCCCAGGGAAAUGUGUCCUGGUGGUUCAAAGGGUGACCCGCCUUGCCCGUGGUCCCUCCACGCAGUGUGUAAAAGUGGACCCGAUUCUGUUGGUUUUGGUCUUCCUAGCUUAAAAACAAGCCUGAGGGUCUGUGCAGUGGCCUUCACCAGGUGCCUCAUGUUGAAUUUGCCUUACUGAUAUCUCUGGCUCUGCUGCAGGGACCUUUGCUUGUCUCUGCUGGGGAUGAAGCUGAGGGUCAGAAAAGAGCCACAUCUAACCAGCUUUGUAUCAUAGCAUUAUAUCAUAGAAUGGUUUGGGCUGGAAAGGACCUUAAAGCUCCUCCAGCUCCAGCCCCUGCCACAGGCAGGGACACCUUCCACUAGAGCAGCUUGCUCCAAGCCCCUGUGUCCAACCUGGCCUUGAACACUGCCAGGGAUGGGGCAGCCACAGCUUCUCUGGGCACCCUGUGCCAGCGCCUCAGCACCCUCACAGGGAAGAGCUUCUGCCUAAGAGCUCAUCUCAGUCUCCCCUCUGGCAGGUUCAAGCCAUUCCCCUUGGCCUGUCCCUAAAGGCCCUUGUCCCAAGCCCCUCUCCAGGUUUCCUGUAGCCCGUUUAGGCACUGGAGCUGCUCUAAGGUCUCCCUGGAGCCUUCUCCAGGCUGAACAAGCCCAGCGUGUGGAUGUAGUGCUUUGGGACACGGGUUAGUGGUGGCCUUGGCAGUGCUGUGUUAACACUUGGACUUGAUCUUAAAGGUCCGUUUCAACUUGGUUGAUUCUAUGAUUCUCCACAUGCUUUCUGCAUGAUUUGAGGACACCUAUGAGAUCCCAAACCGGCAGCAUCUGUACCAGGGCCCUUUUCUCUGCUGCUUUACUUGCCUGUAACAUCCUUCACAUAUUUUCCUGCUACUUCUCAGUAGUGCCUGUUGCCUCUUCACAUCAGAUCACUUGUGAAACACUGGAUUUGUCACUCCUUAGGUUCAGUUUUCUGCUGUGAAGUGCUGGCAUCUUCGCAGUUAAUGUAGCACUUUAAGCAUCCUCAGCAGGUGAAUCUGCAGGAGGGAACUUGAACUCGUGUCCUUGACACCUUCAACAAAGACAAAAAGCUUUUUACUAACUGUAAUAAAACCAUUUGUCACUUCACAGUC